UGGGAGCUCUGCAUUGCUUUUUGGGUGAUUGGCUACUUUCUCUCUUCUCGCGCUCAUCCUCCUCGAGCGAGAAAGAGAAACACAAAACACAAAAUACACACACAAACAACAAAAAAUCCACCAAUCUCCAUUUCCAAUUUCCACCAAGGACCACACACCCAACCCUAAUCUGCAUUUCUGUGCUCCAAACCCUAGCCUCCUCGUCUCUACCCAUUUCUCAAUUUCCUCUAACCAUCGAUCGCCUCUGCCCAAUCCCCAAAAUUCCGCCUUUGGCACCGCCGCCGACGAACUUCCCUCCGCAAUCGGUUUCGAUUUAGGGUUCGGGCUUGUUCGAUGCUAUCUCUCUCCCCUGACAACUCCAUCGCCGGUUCGCUUACGCAGGGUUAGGGCAAUUAGGCAAAUGGAAGGGUCGGGUGGCAAUCUUGACUCGUUAAGAGCUUCUCCGGGAAGCAGUAGUAAUAGGAGAUAUGGGGUGUUAUCGGCUUCCAAUAUCAUUCGGGCGCCAAUUUCUACCUUAUUGGAGUACUCGGGUAUUCUCCGCGGCCGCUCUAAUCACCAAGAAGCUGAGUCUUUGAUUAACGGGCGUAGCGCUGCUGCGUUCAGGGAUCACCAUCAUAGUCAGCUAGACCAAUCACCGACGACAAGCAAUGAUGGGGAGGUUUCUAUUAGGAUAAUUGGUGCAGGGGAACAGGAGCAUGAUAGGGAAGGACCUGGGAUAGUAUCUGGACCGCUGAGGGAAGUUACUGUACCGCCAAAUGAUGUUUCUGCACCACCAAUGGCUGGAGUGGCUACUGUAGCGUUGGGAACUGAGGUUGUGGGUCAGACAGAUGGCAGAACAGAUCGUACUUCGGGAGAGGGCAUUCCCCAAUCGUUAAAUGGAAGUGCUGAUGGAGAAGGAGGUGAUGGAACAGGGGCUAAUGGCAGGGAUUCUUCUUACCAGAGAUAUGACAUUCAGCAGGCUGCUAGGGGUAUUGAACAAGUCCUGCCCUUUUCCUUGCUUCUAUUGGUGGUCUUCAUCCGCCAGCAUUUGCAAGGUUUCUUUGUUACAAUUUGGAUUGCUGCUGUUAUGUUCAAGUCAAAUGAUAUAUUGAGGAAACAGACAGCUUUGAAGGGAGAGAGGAAAAUCACGGUUCUAAUGGGCAUCUCUCUUGCAUUCGCAUUGCAUGUGGUUGGUGUUUACUGGUGGUUCCAGAAUGACGAUCUUUUGUACCCACUAAUUAUGCUUCCUCCUAAAGUUAUACCACCCUUCUGGCAUGCUGUUUUCAUCAUCACGGUGAAUGACUCCUUGGUCCGUCAGGCAGCAAUGGUGCUGAAGUGUUUGAUAUUAAUGUACUACAAAAACAGUAGAGGCCGAAACUAUCGUAAGCAGGGUCAAAUGCUUACUCUGGUUGAGUAUCUACUGCUCUUGUACCGUGCCUUGUUGCCAACACCAGUGUGGUACCGGUUCUUCUUGAACAAAGAAUAUGGGAGUCUCUUUUCGUCACUAAUGACAGGGUUAUAUUUGACUUUCAAGCUAACAUCUGUUGUCGAGAAGGUGCAAUCCUUCUUUGCUGCAUUGAAGGCAUUGUCACGAAAAGAGGUGCACUAUGGGGCAUAUGCAACUUCAGAACAGGUCAAUGCAGCAGGUGAUCUAUGUGCUAUUUGCCAAGAGAAGAUGCAUGCUCCUAUCCUACUUCGAUGUAAACACAUCUUUUGCGAGGACUGCGUAUCAGAGUGGUUUGAGAGGGAACGGACGUGUCCGUUGUGCAGAGCUCUGGUAAAACCUGCAGAUCUAAGAUCAUUCGGCGAUGGAUCAACGAGUUUGUUUUUCCAGCUGUUCUAAAGCCGUCCACUGUAAAGAAAAAAAGAGAGGAGUUUUUCUGUUUUGGAGUUCCAAUUCAUAUCCAAAGCAGCCAUCUCCCAAAUCCAUAUCCUCAUAACUAUACACUGGUAUAUUCGAUUGUCAUUUUUGCUCCGCCUUGUUCACGGGUUUGCCCUCGCAAAAAAAUUACAACGGCUGGGUAUAACCGAACUGGGUACUGUUUAUACGUUGUAUCGAGCAAAGGUCAAAUGUAUGUAAUGCUCCAUAUAUAACUGUUUAUUUGCCGUGGAUCAUACCUUCCUUCCUCCCCUUAGACUUUGUCGAACGUAUUUGGUGAAUUGGCAUCACGUCGUCCGCCAAUUGUGAGGCAAAGCUAACUUUCCACCACCUAUUUUUCCACCUCUUUCUUUACAGCUUUCCCUCUCUAAAUUGUAUAUAUAGGAUGGCUCACCAGCACCCCUCUCCAACCUUGAUCGAUCUGAAUGUAACAUAUUCGAUUACACCAGAGAAGCGAAAUCUCUCUCUCUCUCUCGUUCGCGUUCUUUCGCUUGAUUUGAGAACUCUCGACGGCAUUUUGAUCCAGAUAUGGUGAUGGCAAAGAGAGGGAGGUACAUGCACAACUGGGUGGAAGUUGCACCACCGCAGGUUAUCUCCCGUGAGAAAUGUUCGAGUUUUCCGAAACUGGAGACCAUUGUCGAAGAGGGGUCCGAGAGCUUUGAGAUUCUGCCGAAGCGGGUGGUGUUUCUUCUUCCGGUGUUCUUUUCUCUUGUUUCUUACUUGAUAUUGUAUCGGCAGAUCGUUUGAUCUACCUUUUGGGGGAAAUAGAUUGGCAGGUUAGAAUGCGAGGCGUUUGAUCGCUUCUGAAAAUGUUAUCAUGCAAUUUGUAGUAUUUGAAUGUGACCCAUGCAUUCCCAUUGUUUCUAGCCAUUAUGUUGUUUUAUUUUAACUUCAAAGGAAAAAUCGUAUGAUAACA